AAGGGGCAGCAGCUGUACUCGCUGUGCCCGGAGCAAACUACGCACCGCGGUGGUGUCUAGGGCUCUUGAUAACCCAGCGGUUGAGCUCACCAGCCGCCGCCAUUUAUAACACACUCCCGGCCACAAACGACCGGAAGGCACAGCACUGCUCUCACUGCAAAACCGCAGCCCACCGUAGCUUAGAACUGCGGACAGAGCGCCAGCAUGAUGGCCGCGAAUGACGAGAGCAAGGAGGCGCCGUCGAACGAGCUGCGCUGCGACUACCUGGUGGUCGGCGCCGGCGCGGCGGGCAUGGCGUUUGUGGACACGCUGCUCACCGAGGACCCGACGUGCCGCGUGGUGCUCGUGGACCGCCGCGCCAAGGCCGGCGGCCACUGGGUUGAUUCGUACCCGUUCGUGCGCCUCCACCAGCCCUCCCACUAUUAUGGCGUGAAUUCGCUGCCGCUCGGGAAGGCGAGGGAUGCGAAAGGCCGCGAGGUGUUCGACCGCGACGACCUCGCUUCGGGCCCGGAGGUCGUCGCCUACUACGAGAAGGUCCUGGCCCAGUUCGAGGCGAGCGGACGGGUCGAUAUCCGGCUGGAGACUUCCUACGAGGCGCGCGGCGCGCGCGCCCUGCUGACGACCAACGACGGCGCGACCACGUGGGUGACGCCGCGCAAGACCGUCACUACUAUCUCAAACGUCCAGGUGCCGUCGACGCGGCCGCCGCCGUUCCCCGUCGCCGACGGCGUCGAGUGCCGGCCCCUCAACGCCCUCGAAGUGCCCAACGCGUCGUCCUACGUCGUCGUCGGCGCGGGCAAGAGCGGCGUCGAUGCGGUGUGUCACUUGCUCGACUCGGGCGUCCCGAUCAGUGCAUAAAUCAAAUCGUCGCGGCGCGUCGCCACGGCUGAAUCCCUCCACGCCAUCGACCGCCCGACUCACUGAUUGAUAUGCGCAUAGGUCUCGACGGACGCGAUCACGUGGAUCGUGCCGCACGACAGGUGGAUGUUCCUUCGCGACGGCAUCUGGCCGUCUCGUACGAGCGGGUACUACGAGGCGAUGGCAAAAUUCUUCCCUGCGCUCCUGGAAGCGUCGGACUCCAUGAGUGUGGCCUUAGGCCUUGAGAAGGAGGGCAUUUGCGCCCGCAUCUUCCCGGGCGGCGAACCGCCGCGCGUCUUCAAGGGCGCCACGAUCAACAAGUCCCAGCUCGAGCAGAUCCGCUCCGUGGCGGCGGUGCGGCUCGGGCGCGUCGUGGCCGUGGAGCCCGGCGAGAUCAUCCUCCAGCAGGGCCGCCUGCCGAUCGCGCCCGGCUGCCUGGUGGUCGACGCCACGGCCGGUUACGAAACCGCUCCCGACGAACUGUUCGGCUACAACGUCGUGGAUGAUGCAUUCAAGAUCUUCUCGGCCGACAGCAUCAAGCUCGGCCCGUCGCUGAACCUCUUCAACGUCUGCCUCUCCGCGGCGCUCACGGCCUACCUGGAGGCGACCUGCGUCGACGACGCGUUCAAGAACUCGUUGUGCUACUUCGUGUCAGGCGAGAAUCUACGUUUCUCGCACAAGACUCUGCCCGCGCUCCUGUACUAUUCGACGAAGAACAUGGACGCGCUGGAGAAGUGCCACCCGGCGGCGACGAUGUUCGUGCUGAAGAGCCGGCUCUUCGACGCCGCGCCGAUGCACCACGGCGGCCUCCUCAAGUUUCUCUGGGCCAUGCUCGGGCCCACACUGGCGCUCAAGGCGAAGGGCAAGAAGUUCCUCAAGAAGGUCGACGCCGGGGGCCUCUCAGACGUGCCGGACUCGUUCGGCCUCGGGCGACCGCUCCCGGCGAAGAAGAGGGGCGCGGUCCGCAAGGUCAAGGGCCCGAAGAACUACCCGCCCAAGCCGCGCGCGCGCUGGGCGCCGUGCGGCUGCGGCGCGCCGGUCGCCGCGCCGGCGAAGUAGUCGCGCGGCCCGCGCCGACGCCGCCUAUUUUUGUUCCCUCCCCCAACAACGCCCUCCCUUAUGUCUCCGCUGUGCCCCUGUGCUAAUGUGCGAACAUGAAUAACACUUAUACAA